UUCUCCCAGCCCUGCGAGGUGCGCAGGUUACUGGGCUCCUGGACAACUCCGAUGCCGCUCCAUCGAGGGUGGUGGAGAUCACGAAGGCGGAUAAAACCACGGCCCUAGAGCCGAAUCCCCUCUACGGGCCCUGGAUCGCCAAAGAUCAACAGGUCCUAUGAUAUCUACUCAAUUCCAUGUCUCCUGAAAUCCUUGCACAAGUCGUCGGGAAGGACUCCACCUACGAGCUCUGGACGACGGUGACAAAUCUCUUCGCCUCGCAACCACAAUCCCGGAUCACCAAUCUGAGGAUCGCCAUCACCAACACCAAGAAGGGCACCAUGUCGAGCUCGGCGUAUAUGGCAAAGAUGAAGAGCCUUGGGGAUGAACUUGCUGCUGCUGGGCGCCCUGUCUCUGACCCGGAGAUGGUGGACUACAUCCUGGCGGGACUUGAUCGCGACUACGACUCUGUGGUUGCAGCGAUCGGUGCUGUCAAGAACACUAUCACCGCCGACGACCUCUUCGCUCAGAUUUCUGCUUUUGAUCAGAGGAUGGAGAUGCUGGGUGAUUCAUCUUCAGGAGGAUUUCAUUCAUCGGCCAACGCAGUCUACAGAGGCCGUGGCCAGUCCCGCGGCAGACCCCGUGGGCGAGGAGGAAGGGGGCGCGGCCGUGGUGAUCGCGGUGACCGCGGUGACCGCCAGCCCUCUCCUGCAAACAGAGGCGGCGGAUUCAGAGGACGCCCUCGACAACAACAACAACAACAGGUGCGUGAACAAUAGCACGAUUACCCGGAAUGUCAGAUAUGCUAUAGGCACCAUCCAGGAGGCGCAUGUGUUUGCUGGUGGCGCUAUGAAGAGAACGAUCAGGAAGAGAAGGAGGUGCAUGCUGUCUCCUAUGGCGUAGAUACAAACUGGUACACCGACAGUGCAGCAACAAAUCACAUCACAGGUUAACUUGAGAAGCUGACAACACGGGAGAAGUACAAUGGAGGCGACCAAAUUCGCACGGCAAGCGGUUCUGGAUUUGAGAACAAGGAGAAUCAUUCUUAGAGGACGGUGCGUGGGAGGCCUCUAUCCACUUAUAUCAUCAUCAUCAUCUUCACGGUCAAAUAAGCAAGCCAACAUUGUCACCAAGCCAUCAUCAUCAAGGUGGCAUAGUCGUUUAGGUCAUCCAUCUUCAGUCAUAGUUAAAUACGUUCUUAGCAAAAAUAAACUCUCUUAUGAGAAUAGUGUUGAGUCAGUUUGUGAUCCGUGUCAACAAGCAAAAAGUCAUCAAUUACCUUAUUCCAUCUCUACUAGUGUGUCUACUGCUCCUCUACAACUCAUAUUUUCAGAUGUAUGGGGGCCAGCCCCUACUUCAGUUGGGAGAUUUUCUUAUUAUGUAAGCUUUAUUGAUGACUAUAGUAAAUUUACUUGGAUUUAUUUGUUAAAGAAACGGUCUGAUGUUUUCCAAGUCUUUCUCAAUUUCCAAAAUCUUGUUGAACGCAAACUGAACUCUAAAAUCAUUGCUAUGCAAAGUGACU